AUGCAAAAUAAUAACAGUCCAGUACCUCCACCAAGUUUAUUCCGGAGGAAGAAAGAGAAUAGACGUGGUAUCACAUAUACUAUGAUGCUUUGUGGGAACUCCGGUACCGGUAAAACCACUUUUGCUAAUAACUUAUUAGAAUCCAAUAUUUUCCCGCAUCAAUUCAGCCAUUCCGAAUAUAUGGACAAUGCUAAUUCAUUAUCUUCCAAAGUGAAGAUCAUUCAACCAACAAAAGUAGUAUCAUUUAAUUCCAAAGAUGGUAUCCCUACAUAUAUGGCUGAAUUUGAUCCACAACGUUCUGCAUUGGAAUCAGGUAUCACGAUAACUUCCACUUCUCUGGAAAUCACUAGUGCUUCUGAUGAUACUGAAAAUGCGUACGUUUCAAUUGAUGACGAUAUCAUAUCAUUUAAUUUAAUAAAUACAUAUGGUAUUAACGAAAAUUUAGAUGACUCAUUGAUAUUCAAUGAAAUAACAUCAUAUCUAGAACAACAAUUUGAUAUAGUUCUGGCAGAGGAAACAAGAAUUAGAAGAAAUCCAAGAUUUGAAGAUACAAGAGUUCAUAUCGCACUAUAUUUCAUUGAACCUACAGGUCAUGGUUUAAGAGAAAUAGAUAUCGAAUUAAUGAAACGUAUCUCACGUUAUACAAAUGUGUUACCAAUCAUAUCCAAAGCAGAUUCAUUUACUAAGGAUGAAUUGAAACAAUUUAAAAAAAUAAUAAUGAAUGAUGUCGAAAGAUUUAAUGUCCCUAUCUAUAAAUUUGAAAUUGACCCAGAUGAUGAUGAUUUAGAAGCAAUUGAAGAAAAUAGAACAUUGGCUGCUUUGCAACCUUUCUCCAUCGUCGUAUCAGAUGUCAAAAACAAAGAAGGUAAAUAUAUUAGAGAAUACCCCUGGGGUACAGUAAGUAUUGACGAAGAUAAUGAUGUCUCUGAUCUAAACAUCUUGAAAAAUGUUUUAUUUGGCUCUCAUUUACAAGAAUUCAAAGACACUACUCAGAAUUUAUUGUAUGAAAAUUAUAGAGUGGAGAAAUUAUCUACAGUCUCCAAGAAUGAACCCUCGAGUCAAUCAUCAAAUACCCCAAAUGAUAACGAUAGACUCAAUACGAAUGAUGCAAUGUUGAAAAGACAAUCUGCUGCUCCAAGUUUAAGUAAUUUCGCCUCAUUAGUGAACACAGGGCAUUUUAAUUCUCAACAAAGUUUAAAUAUGAAUACUGUAGAUUUACCAGUUACUCCGAGUUUGAAUCAUUCGAGAAAUAAUAUCAAAGAAGAAGAUAUGGACUCAUCAUCAGAUCAUUAUUAUGAACAUCAGGCCAAAAGGGAAAUCGAAGAAGGUGAUUCCCCAAUCAAGCAAAUGUCUCAUGAUAUUAAACAAGGAAACGAAGAAAUUAUAAGGAACAUUAAGAUAGAGUCAUCAUCACCAAGAAUCCCAGCGAAAGGAGAUGGAUUGAACGAUAUUGCAGAGAGAUCUAAAUUAAGAAAUAUUUCAGAGACGGUCCCAUAUGUGUUGAGACAUGAACGUAUAUUAGCAAGACAACAAAAAUUAGAAGAAUUAGAAGCACAAUCUGCAAAGGAAUUAACUAAAAGGAUUCAAGAAUUGGAGAAAAAGGCUCAUGAUUUAAAACUAAGAGAAAAAUUACUGAAACAACAGCACAAAAAUGGUUCAUCAUCUUCACUGUUAUCACAAAGUAGGAUAAAGAAAGAUGAUACAAUGACAGAUUUGGCUUCAAUACUUUCUAAAGACCAAUGA